CGCCCGAGGCGCGAACUCCACCCAGCGCGCAACUUUUAACUUCCCCUGCUCACACGAGCUCCAGCCGAGCCGCGAAACGCACGACUGCUCUCCUCUCCUCGCGCGAACCGAAUCCCCCACCUCGCCCCCCACGUUCUCCGGGCGCAGUUGCUCGCUCGCGUGGGCGCGCGCGCGGCGGGCGGCGGGCGGCGACGCACGGACGGAGGCUUGCGGCGAGGGCAAAGCAGCUAGCGAGGCGUCGACCCGCGUCCGAUUGAUUCCCGGGCCGAUCGCAACCGACCGACCGAUCGAUCAGGCUCCUAUAUUCUUAGCCCGCGCCUCGGCCGGCCGGCCAUGGCAGUGGCGGCGGCGGCAGCGUCGGCGUCCUCCGUCGGCCCCGACCCGUCCUCGUCGUCCGUGGCGCACCGGCGCCGCCUCACCGACGUCGAGCGGCCGGACGACGGCGACGGCUGCGUCAGGCACCGCGGGGUCCGGGCGUUGUUCUCCGUCCGGAGGAGCUACGGCAAGAGGGCGUCGUCCGUGGUCGACCAGGCGUGGGUGCGCAACGCGGUGGCGUCGCUGCUGGGCCUCCUCGUCCUCGUCGGGCUCCUCGGCUCGCACCGGGCCGUCAGCGGCGGCGGCGGCGGCGACGGCGACGGCGGGAGGCUGCUGCGGAGGGUGGACGGGGAGGCGCUGGGCUGGCGGGAGGAGAACCUGACGGCCCUCGCCCGCCGGUCGCCCGACACGCCGAUUCCCAAUAUAUGGACGAUGCCGGCUAGCGAGGGUUACAGCAAAUGCAUCGAACGCCCGAGAAACCACCACAGAACAAACAAUGCAACAGCUGGUUAUAUAAUGGUUGAUGCCAAUGGUGGACUGAACCAGAUGAGAAUGGGAAUAAGCGAUAUGGUUGCAGUUGCUAAGCUCAUGAAUGCGACACUAGUAAUCCCUACACUGGAUCACAGAUCAUUUUGGACCGAUCCAAGUGAUUUCGAAGAUAUAUUUGAUGUGGAGCAUUUCAAGAAAACUCUAGAGAAUGAUAUUGUGAUUGUGGACUCCUUGCCACCAGCUUACAGAAGGUCGAAACUCUAUAUGAGGGCACCAUCUUCCUGGUCCAGGGCUUCUUACUACAGAGCUUUCACGAGGACACUAAAGAAGGUCAAAGUUGUUAAAUUCACACAUACAGAUUCACGAAUUGUCAACAACGGUCUUGCUCCUCAUAUCCAACAACUCCGCUGCCGAACGAAUUACGAGGCACUAAAAUACAAGAAAGAAAUUGAAGAUCUAGGUAAUACUCUAGUUGAUAGACUGAGGAAUGGGUCCAACCAUUAUAUCGCACUUCAUUUAAGAUAUGAGAAGGACAUGCUCUCAUUUACUGGCUGCAGCCAUAAUCUAACACGUCAGGAGGCAGAAGAGCUGAGAGAAAUGAGACUCAAGGUGCGGCACUGGAAAGAAAAGGAAAUUAACAGCAAGGAGAGGCGACUUCAAGGAGGCUGCCCUAUGACUCCUCGUGAAGCAGCUCUUUUUCUUAAAGCUAUGGGCUAUCCUUCCACGACAAAUAUCUACAUUGUAGCAGGUGAAAUAUAUGGUGGGCAUAGCAUGGACGAAUUAAAGGCCGCAUAUCCAAAUGUCUACACACAUUAUAGUCUAGCAACAGUAGAUGAAUUAGAGCCCCUCAAGCCGUACCAAAACAGAUUAGCUGCAGUGGACUACAAUGUAGCCCUCCACAGUGAUGUUUUUGUGUAUACAUAUGACGGAAAUAUGGCCAAAGCAGUACAGGGUCAUAGAAGAUUUGAAGGAUUCCGGACAACCAUUAACCCUGACAGGCAGAAGCUUGUGGAGCUCAUUGACAAGCUUGAUGAGGGUACAAUUACUUGGAAUGACUUUCAAAGCAAAGUGAAAACACAUCAUGAAAACAGACUUGGAGGUCCAUAUCAGAGGUUGUCUGGUCACAGUCCCAGGCAAGAGGAGCAUUUUUAUGCAAAUCCUCUCCCAGGGUGCUUGUGCAAAAAAACACAAAGGAUUUAGCGACGUGGACUUACUCUAAAGAGGUGGGGACUGGGGAUAUUUCAGCCCUCUUCGCUGCAUGUGAGAUGUGAAAUGGAAAUAGGUAGACGUCUCUUAGGAUGAUUGAGAUAAACCAAAUAGUGCAACUCCUAGUAAUCUGACAGCAACAUACCACAGAUUAUUUUCCAGACUAUGUAUGCAAUACUCGUUCUUGCAUAUGGAGGUGGCAAAGAGAGGUUCACUAAUUGUCCUCCGAGAAGUGCAUUUUCAACAAAUUGGUUAUUCAAGUGUAGCGAUGGAUUGGAAGACAAAGAGAUUUCGAGUAGUUUCAGAGGACAUAUGUACAACAGAGGAUAGGAUUAGCAAGACAAAAGACUUCCGAUACAUGUUUGUACUUCGUUUAUACUGUGAAUGUACAGUCUUUGCUCUCUUUUUUAAAAUUUUCUAUUCAUUUAGGAAGUAUCGACUUUAUUCAGGAUAGAUUUGUGUAUAUGCAAUAUUUAUCAGCUACAGACCAAGUUGUAACCGGCAAGUGAUGAAUAAUAAUAAGAAGAAAAUAACCUUGUUCA